AAAAUCGAACGCCGGCGGAAGCGCGCUACCUACUGUCAUGGCGCGAGAAUUCUCGUAAUAAAAAAACAUUUUACUUACUUUUAAAUAUAAAUUCCUAUUAAAUGGUUUAAGUGUAUUUAUAAAAUAUGAUUUAUUGUUUAAAUAAUUAUAAGUGGUGCUGUGUGGUGUUUUAAAUGGACUAAAAACAAAUUAGGAAUCAAACCAUGGACGAUGGCCAAUACGAGGAAGCACCGAUUAAAAAAGUCACAAGCCUUUUCGAUUACCGUGCACCAAGAAGGUUGGAUCAUUUGGACCAACUUGGUGAAGACUUAAAGAUCCUUGGCAAGAAGGUUGGCCAAAGGUUGGACCAGGUUGGGCCCAAUCCUCUACUUGAUACUAUAAGUUAUGAGAGCGAGAGGCUGAAAACUAGUCACAGUGAGAAUUCUUCUAGAAGGAAUAGUGAUGAUGGUGGGAGAGCGAAGAGGGAGUCACUUAGAGGAGAUGGAACCAGCUCAGAGCCGCCCACAGCGAACGUGACGAACUUUAACGCUUGGGGCGAGCUGAACAGCUCGACAUCCACCACGAGGACUGAGCUCAGUCUUUCUGAUGGAGGGGAGGAACAGGUAUGUAAGACCACAAAGGCCCGUCGUCGAAGCCACGAGUCAGCAUUACCAGGCACUCCUUUACAUCAGAAAGCUCCAUGGAAGUCAGCUGACAGUCUCGUGCCGGAGUCGGCUUUCGGAACAUCCUUAGCUGACAUCAUGGAAAGUCCUGCUAAUAAGAAUAUGCCGUUUGGUAGCUACGAUGAGAAAAAGAUCCACCUUCGAGAUGACAUCAAAUCCAUCCGUUCAGACAGCAGUUCCGAAGAGAGGCGACCUAGAGGCUGGAGAUUCGUGAGAAAUGUUACUUCAGCAGCAGGCGCCUUCACAGCCAAGGCUAAAGAUGCUGCUACUGCGCUGCCUGGUACUCCGCAGCCGAGCUUUCAGUCGAAAACUGACAGCAAGACUUCUGACUAUGGCAAAGAAGAUAAUAAACCAUCACUACCUACCUAUCAGAAUGAAAAAGAUCAAAAUGUGGGAGAAACCAGCCCCGAGGGUCUGGAGCCAGAAUCCUUAUUAUUCAGAGACGGCAGAAGAAGGAUAGACAUGGUCUUAGCUUAUGAAGAAGAAGACUACGGAGUCAUGACUGAAAAUGAAGCGCGGAAACGGGAACAUAGAAGAACAUUCCAGGAAAACUUAGUAAAAGAAGGUCUAGAAUUAGAACUAGAGAACAAAUGCCUGUCUUUCGACGAAAAGACCUGGUUUCUGAAGAUACACAUACCUUGGAAGACGGAGAUGAGACUGGCAGAGGUGAUCGGCAUGAAACUACCCACCAAACGGUUUAUUACUAUUUCUGUUAGAGCUUGGAGCGACGAAAAACAAGCAGAAAAAGACAAACGCUGGCACUCAAAAUGGCGUCGACGAUGGAAACAGCUGUACGAGUACGAACAUUCUAGAAUAGGACCCGAACCUUCCUUCUAUGGCGCCACUGAUCAGAGGGGAGCUAGGAGAGAGGAAAUGUUUUUAGUAAAAGACCGACACACACAAUUUUCACCGGCACAAAGAAGUUUACUAGUCAUGCAAAUUUUGCUCAGAGCUAAAUAUGAUAACAACGAAACAAAGAUGGGAAUCCGAAGACUACUAAACGACGGUACAUAUACCGCGUGUUUCCCUCUACACGAAGGGAGAUAUGAAGUCGACAUGUCUGAUGGCAGUGUUACUGAUAGAAGACUUCUAUACCUAGAAUGGGCCCGACCUUGCAAGUGGUAUAAAAAGCAGCCUCUCUGGCUAGUUCGAAGGUACUUCGGUGAUAAAAUAGGCCUAUAUUUUUGCUGGCUAGGGUUUUACACCAAAAUGUUAUACGCCCCGGCUAUAGUUGGGACUCUUUGCUUUCUAUACGGCCUAGCCAGUAUGGAUUCUCAGGAUAAUAUACCUAGCAAAGAGAUCUGUGACUCCAAAGGCCCUGGAAACACGACACUCUGUCCUCUUUGCGACAAAGCCUGUAAAUAUCAGACUCUAUCAGACUCCUGCCUGUUUGCGAAGCUCACGUAUUUAUUCGACAAUCCUGCUACCGUGUUCUUCGCUAUUUUCAUGUCUUUUUGGGCAACUACAUUCCUAGAGCUUUGGAAACGCAAGCAGUCAGUCCUAAGGUGGGAGUGGGAUAUGGGCGGAGUUGAUCAGGAUGAAGACCCAAGACCUGAGUUCGAAGCAUCAGUAAAGACAUACAGGACCAACCCAGUGACCAGAGAGAAGGAACCUUAUUUACCUACGUGGCAGAAAACUAUGAAAUACGUAGCCAGCAGUUCUGCAGUACUAUUCAUGAUAGCCAUAGUAAUGGGGGCAGUUUUAGGCACCAUAAUCUACAGAAUAUCUAUGGUGUCAGUCAUCUAUGGUGGUACUGGCUUCUUCAUACAACGGCACACGAAGAUAUUUACUACCAUGACUGCUGCUAUCAUCAAUUUAAUCAUUAUUAUGAUACUGACCAGGAUAUAUGCAAAAGUAGCUGUGUACUUAACCAAUAUGGAGAACCCACGAACUCAAACUGAGUAUGAAGACUCAUACACGUUCAAAAUAUUCUUCUUUGAAUUCAUGAACUUCUAUUCUUCUCUCAUAUAUAUCGCAUUUUUUAAGGGCCGCUUCUAUGACUACCCAGGCGACGACCAAGCUCGCAGAUCAGAAUUCCUGAAGCUGAAGGGCGAUAUCUGCGACCCAGCCGGGUGUCUCUCCGAACUGUGCAUACAACUAGCCAUCAUCAUGAUUGGCAAGCAAUUCGUCAACAACUUCGUCGAGCUCGGAUACCCGAAGUUCCACAACUGGUGGCGGCAGAGGUCCCACAGAGCUGUCACCAGAGACCUGAGUAAGCCCCACAUGGCCUGGGAACAGGAUUAUCACCUCCAAGACCCUGGAAGACUGGCACUGUUCGAUGAAUACUUGGAAAUGAUCCUCCAAUACGGUUUUGUCACUCUCUUCGUGGCGGCGUUUCCCCUGGCACCACUCUUUGCUCUCCUGAACAACAUUGCUGAAAUACGCCUGGAUGCUUACAAAAUGGUCACUCAAGCAAGAAGGCCGCUUGCUGAAAGAGUAGAGGAUAUUGGCGCUUGGUAUGGGAUUCUAAAAGGGAUUACAUAUGCAGCUGUCGUCUCAAAUGCGUUCGUGAUAGCAUAUACCAGCGAUUUUAUACCGCGUAUGGUGUACAAAUAUGUUUACUCACCGGAUAACACGUUAGCUGGGUACAUCGAUCAUUCAUUAUCAUUAUUCAACACAUCAGACUACCGCGAAGACUGGGGUGCUGAUGAGAACGAGGAAGACCCCCCAGUGUGCGCGUACCGUGGCUACAGGAACCCCCCUGAUCAUGCUGACCCUUAUGGCUUGUCUCCUCAUUACUGGCAUGUGUUUGCUGCUAGACUGGCUUUUGUGGUUGUUUUUGAGCACGUGGUAUUCGGCCUAACAGGCCUGAUGCAACUCUUCAUUCCUGACGUACCAAGUGAGCUGAGGACACAAAUGCAGAGAGAAGCCUUGCUGGCUAAGGAAGCUAAGUAUGAACAUGGAAGAAGACGACUGUCUACUGAGUAUAGACAGCUUAUUACUCAGAAGAGUGAAAGUGGACCAGUUCCGGAGCGCGGCGUGGGCGGCGCGUGGCUGCGGCGCACAUCACGCGCGUCCGACACGCUCGACGCGCACGUCGCCGUCGCACAACGACCCGUAUCGCCUCAUAUCACGCACUGACAUUAACUUAUAUACGGGCUAUAUUUAAAUAUAGGCUAUAUAGGAUACCUCUCUUUACUUUUAACAAAGAAAAAUUACUCAGACAGAUGAAAAAUUAUGUCUCUUUGUAAAAGUUUGCAAAAGUCACGUUUAACGAAAUGGGAACAUGAUAGGGCCAUAUUAUGCGCGUAUGCUCGAAAUUUUGUUGCGAGAACUGUUGUAAAAUAAAAGAAAACAUACAUACGUGUCUAAUACAACACAACAGUGUAAAAAUUAAAAAUACAGACUUUUUUGUCGAGAUAUCCUAUUCUUGAGUAAAUGACAUGAAAUGUAUAUUAAAUGAUUUACAUGAAAUAUUUAAAUAAAAAAUUUUGUAAAGACCAAGUUCACUGCUAACGUCCGUUUUUUAAAAAACAAUUAUUUGCUUUAAAAAUUGAUACUCAACAGUUGUGUUAAGAAAAUUGACGCUAACUUUGUCCGUGGCAUAGGCCCCCAGUAGCUGAAAUCCCCGAAAAUUGCUUUUAAUUAACCGAAUCGGGGGCUUCGACUACGAGUGCUUCGGCCACCGGUGAACUUGAGUCUUAGUGAAAAUGUGUGAAAAAUAUGGAAUAGUUGUUAAGAAUAAAAUGAAAAACCGCAUUUAAAUAAAUCUGUAUCGAGUUACUAUUAUUGACUUAUUAUAGUUGGUAGGGACGUAGUGGGGUAUCAGAGAUUUAAUACAAGGCACUUUUGAGGGUCCAAUUACCUAGUAGGAUAGUAUGACUAUAUCAUUGUUAAAUUAAAAAUAUACAUAUAUGCCUAAAUAUAACAAAAUGUAACUACCAAAAAUAUUGUCCUUAUUGUUAUUAUUAUAUUGUUUUUUAAUUUCUUAAAAUCUUACUUAUGAACAAUAUCGGAUAAGGAUAAUUUUCAAAUAAUAUUUUAUGGAUCAAAAAAUUAUUAUCAUGAUUUCAUAUUUGGAUGUCGAUUUGAAAAAGAAAAUACCUAAUUAUGUAAAAAGUUUGCACACUGUAAGGUCAUACUAGCCUGAAUUUAUUUAUUAUUAAAUUAAAUAAACUUAAGUAAAGUAGGUAAUUUAAGCUCGAAGCCAAAGUUAAUGCAAAAAAAGUUAAUAAAAUAUUGUUUAACUUUUGAAACCUAACUAAUGCGAAAUGCUUAAGUUAAACAAAAUUAUUUUAUUUUUAAUAUAUUUUUAGACAUUAAUUUUGGCUUCAAUAAUUAGUUAUUAAGGUGAGACAAAAAUAAUUUCGGUGACAUAUUGAAUGUGCACAUUGGCUCUACCUAGCGGCAUAAAUACGAAUCUGUAUCAUUUAUAUUACAUGCGAAUUGUAGGUAAAUCAUUUUUUUAUGAAGGAUGUUAUUUAAUAUGUAUCGGAAUAAUUGCACUUAAGGCCAUUUUAAUCGACAGCAUAAACAUCUGUCUUUCUUAAAACAACUGUUUAUUCAUAGUUCAUAUUGAACAGUUUGUUUUAAGAAAACUGACUUUUAUGCCUUGGAUAAUUUAUCCGAACCAUCCAUACAGGGAAAACAUGGCGAACUUUGAAAUUUUAUUGUUAUUAUAUUUUAAACGAUCUCACCAAUUUUCAGGCUGUUGUGAAUUAAUGUAGCUUCAAAUGUCUAUAUUGACUGGACUGGAAAUGAAAUGUGUUUUCAGAAACGAAAAUUAUCAUUGUCAAAUCACACUGAAAUAUUCUGACUUAGGUACUUAAGAAAUAAUUUAUCAAGUGAAUGUCCCAAAUAUAUGUGAUAUUAGUUAUUUCAGUAAGCAGUAAGAGAAUCUCUACUUAAGUAUAGAUUUAUUGUUAAUCUUUCUGUGGGCGAAUACUCAAUUCUUUAUUAAAUUAUAUUGUUUCCAA